AUGACAGCAGCUAGAACUAUGUUGGCCCAGAACUGGAAAACUGAUACUCUACCUACAAUCAUGGAAUGGCAGACCAAAAUGAUGAAUUACGCAGACUUGGCUAGAUUGUCGGGGAAAAUACGGGACCAAGAUGAAAAGAAGUUUGUUGAAAAUUGGAGGGAGAAAACAUUUAAAUGUAUCGAGCGUGGAAAGAGUUUCAAUUCCAAGGCAACCCUUAGAUCACAUCAACAAACUCACACAGGGGAGAAACCAUUUAAAUGUAUGGAGUGUGGAAAGAGCUUCAGUCAGAAUAGAUAUGUUAAAAUGCACCAGAGGAUUCACACAGGGGAGAAACCAUAUAAAUGUAUCGAGUGUCAAAAGAGUUUUAGUGAUAGUGGAAGCCUUAGAAGACAUCAACGGACUCACACAGGGGAGAAACCAUUUAAAUGUUUGGAGUGCGGAAAGAGAUUUAGUGAAAAUGGAACACUUAGAACACAUCAACGGACUCACACAGGGGACAAACCAUUUAAAUGCCUGGAGUGCGGAAAGUGCUUCAGUCAGAAUGGAAGCCUUAAAACACAUCUACAGAUUCACACAGGGGAGAAACCAUAUAAAUGUUUGCAGUGUGGAAAGAGCUUCAGUUUCAAUGGAAACUUUAGAACACAUCUACAGAUUCACACAGGGGAGAAACCAUUUAAAUGUAUGGAGUGCGGAAAGAGCUUUAGUGAUAAUGGAAAACUUAGAAGACAUCAACAGACUCACACAGGAGAGAAACCAUUUAAAUGUAUGGAGUGUGGGAAACGUUUCACUGAUAGUGGAAACCUUAGAACACAUCAACGGACUCACACAGGGGAGAAACCAUUUAAAUGCCUGGAGUGCGGAAAGACCUUUACUGGUAAUGGAAACCUUAGAAGACAUCAACGGACUCACACAGGGGAGAAACCAUAUAAAUGCCUGGAGUGCGGAAUGUGCUUCAGUGAGAAUGGAGACCUUAAAUUACACCAGCGGAUUCACACAGGGGAGAAACCAUAUAAAUGUAUAGAGUGCGGAAUGAGCUUCAGUCAGAAUGGAAGCCUUAGAACACAUCAACGGACUCACACAGGGGAGAAACCAUAUAAAUGUAUAGAGUGCGGAAUGAGCUUUAGUGAGAAUGGAAGCCUUAGAAGACAUCAACGGACUCACACAGGGGAGAAACCAUUUAAAUGCCUGGAGUGCGGAAAGACCUUUACUGGUAAUGGAAACCUUAGAACACAUCAACGGACUCACACAGGGGAGAAACCAUUUAAAUGCCUGGAGUGCGGAAAGUGCUUCAGUCGUAAUGGAGACCUUAAAUUACACCAGUGGAUUCACACAGGGGAGAAACCAUAUAAAUGUAUAGAGUGCGGAAUGAGCUUCGGUGAUAAUGGAAGCCUUAGAACACAUCAACGGACUCACACAGGGGAGAAACCAUAUAAAUGUAUAGAGUGCGGAAUGAGCUUUAGUGAUAAUGGAAGCCUUAGAAGACAUCAAUGGACUCACACAGGGGAGAAACCAUAUAAAUGUAUAGAGUGUGGAAAGAGCUUUAGUGAUAAUGGAAGCCUUAGAAGACAUCAACGGACUCACACAGGGGAGAAACCAUAUAAAUGUAUAGAGUGUGGAAAGAGCUUUAGUGAUAAUGGAAACCUUAGAGGACAUCAACGGACUCACACAGGGGAGAAACCAUUUAAAUGCCUGGAGUGUGGAAAGUGCUUCAGUAGUAAUGGAUACUUUAAAUUACACCAGCGGACUCACACAGGGGAGAAACCAUAUAAAUGUAUAGAGUGCGGAAUGAGCUUUAGUGAUAAUGGAAGCCUUAGAACACAUCAACGGACUCACACAGGGGAGAAACCAUAUAAAUGUAUAGAGUGCGGAAUGAGCUUUAGUGAUAAUGGAAGCCUUAGAACACAUCAACGGACUCACACAGGGGAGAAACCAUAUAAAUGUAUAGAGUGCGGAAUGAGCUUUAGUGAUAAUGGAAGCCUUAGAACACAUCAACGGACUCACACAGGGGAGAAACCAUAUAAAUGUAUAGAGUGUGGAAAGAGCUUUAGUGUUAAUGGAAGCCUUAGAAGACAUCAACGGACUCACACAGGGGAGAAACCAUAUAAAUGUAUAGAGUGCGGAAUGAGCUUUAGUGAUAAUGGAAACCUUAGAACACAUCAACGGACUCACACAGGGGAGAAACCAUUUAAAUGCAUGGAGUGUGAAAAGAGCUUCAGUCACAGUGGAACCCUUAGAAGACAUCAGCAGACACACAGC